AUGUCUUGGCCUCGAUCUCAGUUUCUGGAGAUCGGUGAUCAAACAUGGUGCCCUUCGUGGCUGCACCAGCAUGAACAAUUCUCCCUAACUCAACUGUGGAAUCUUAAAGUUCCCGGGUGGAGCAACGGAAGCCUGGCAACGCAGGCUAGUGCAGUAUUCAAGGAAUAUCUGAAAGACCUUUCUUCUUACAUAAUCUUGGAUAUCUGCGCUGGUGCUGGUGGUCCCACGCCAGUUCUCGAAUCGGAGCUCAAUAAAGAACUUGAGUCCGAAGGCAGAGCCCCGGUUCAGUUCAUUUUGAGGGAUCUCUAUCCCCAUAUUGAAGCAUGGGAGCGAAUCUCAGAGGAGCAGCUCAAUGUGACAUACAUCAAGACCCCAGUUGAUGCGCGAGCCGUUCCUCGACUUGCAGGAAAGGCCUAA